CUCUUUACUUAGUAAGGGUUUAACCAUGGUUCUCGAGGAAGUAUCUUCUGCUUCAACCCCCAAAUCAGCAACUAACUCUUCUCAACAUAAAGGGCGAUCAUCAUCCAAUGAUCAUGGUCCUAUUGUUCCAGAAAAAUUGGACAGCACCAAUUUUAUUUCCUGGUCUAAACAUGCAAAGUUGAACAUCACCGGCCGAGGUAAACUUGGCUACCUCACCGGCAAGAAGAAAGCACCAUCUGAAGAAGAUGAAGAGGGCUAUGAAAUUUGGGUCGAAGAAGACAGUCUUGUUCAAGCAUGGCUCUUCAACUCCAUGCACACGGAUGUCAGAGGAAAUUAUGAAAGUUUGGAGACGGCUAAAGAAAUUUGGGAUGCUGUCAAAACUACUUUUUCAGUAGCUCAGGAUGAUACAAGAAACUAUGAGCUACAAAUUGCUUCUGUUUCCACUAAACAGAAUGGGGCUCCUCUUCAUGACUAUUACUGCAAUAUGAAGAAAAUAUGGUAGGAGCUUGACAUAUUGGACCCCCUCAAGCUUAAGGA